AUUUUUUUAUUUUUUUAUUUUUUUAUUUUUUUAUUUUUUUUCGAUUUUUCGAUUUUUCGAUUUUGUCAAUUUUCUUCCUACUGGGCCCUUUCCAACGUCUUUGUUCGGUGUUGUCCACAGACAGUUUGGCACGUUCUGGCACGGGGAACAGCCAUAUAGACACAGCGAGGAGGUAGCAUGGGUGUGAGCAAGGACCACUACUACCGACUAGCGUCAAACCUGGCAAAAGAGCGGAUCCAGGCAGCCACAGCGCUUAUCAAAGAGCUCUCGGCAGCAGAUUCCGAGCAGGAGUACAGGUAUGCACUCAAGAGACUGAUCUCGGGGUUGGCGUCGGGCCACGACUCGGCCCGGAUCGGGUUCUCCAUGUGCUUGACAGAGCUGCUAUCGCUGCUUUUCGACGCAGACAACGGCACGAAGGCGAAGAUCGCGUACACGUCGGAGCAGUAUCUGGCCGACUUGGAGUCGCAUCUGACCAAACAGGUCAAGGACAAGCAGAAGGGCAAGAACCUGCGGGCGUAUCUGUUCGGCAAGAUCUUCGGCAUCCAGUCGUUGAUCAACUCGGCCGUCCUGCACAAGGAGCUGGCGGCGGGGAACUCGCAUCUGAUCACGCACAUCGUCGACGAGCUCUUUGCCAUCGCGUUGUCCAAGUCGUGGAUCCGGGAGAUCGCCCUGGUGACGAUGGUCAAGCUCAUCACACAGCUGCGGCUCGCCACGGACGAGACAAUCAUGCCGCACAUCCUGAAGUCGUUGUCGGACAACGACUUGCUGGUGUCCAUGGACGGGCUUCUGAUAUACCUCACGAUCCCGCAGACCCACAGAGACUCCCUCUCGGCGCUCGCAGAGCUGAAGCCGUCCCAGUCGUGGAAGAACAACGACCCGAUUACAAGAGGGAACUUGCCGCUCCUCAAUGCUGCGUUCCACGACCGGAAUGUCUCCCCGGACAGCGAGGAGGACGAGAGCAGCAAAGAUGAGAAUGAUGAAGGCAGGGCCAAGAAAAAGGGCGGCAAGGGUGGUCCCGCCAGCGGCCAAAACCAGAAGGGCUCGUGGAAUCCGCAGCUACACAACGUGUGGGUCCCAUUGUUGAGCGAGCUGAUAGAGAACGAGUUGCAACUGCAAGACCCCCUUUCCGGUGAGCCCUCUCCCAAGAAGAGGAAGUCCAACAAGCACAAAUCGAAAUCAUCCGAAUCGAACAAGAUCUCGCUUUCGACCUUCUGGCCUACUUUUGACGACACCUUUUUCGCCCAAUCUGCCUCUCCGGAGCGGAAACAUACGGGGCUCCAGAUAUUGGAUCUUUGUUUCAAUUUGCCGACGUUUAGGCCAAGUUUCUUCCUCAUCGUGUUUGGCGAAAACAUAACACGGUGUAUCAUAAACCACAUCUCCAAGAAGGAUAGAGUGCUACACAACCUCUGUGCGAAGAUCCUGGCCAACGCCGUUAAGUGCUGCAAGAAACAUCCUGAGGUAGACAGCAGACUCUACUUGCUCAGAGCAUUGGAAAGGGAAUGCGUUCUCUUUGACAGAAUCACCAAGACGAAAACCGUGAGAGACUGCAUCUCGGGCAUUUCUUCAAAUGACAACGAUCUCGAAAAGGAUGUUACGAACUGGAUUGACAUCGCCAACUGGCUCAUAACAGAGGCCGAAACGGAACUAUACGAAUCCUCCAACAAGGCGAAAAAUGAAAAGUUCAGAAACGAACACGAUAUCAAGACCUUCCUACUGGAUGCAUUAUUGACUCUUGUGCGUGGGAACAAGAAAUUGUUUAGAUCGGUUGUCGAUGGUGAAAGCAAGGAGUUGACGUUGGAGGUCGUCUCUUCGUGCAAAAUGGUACUUGAAUAUCUCUCCCAAAUGACCUAUGUGAACAGUUCCGCCAAAGAGGUGGACGAAACUAUAAUCAAGACUGCCAAGGACAGACUACAAUCGAUAUUAGCCGAGCUAAUGGAGUGCUUCAAAGGUCAAGUUGAUUGGUCGGGCUUGAUUGUGCACGUUCUACGUGAUGCUGAAAGAGACAACAUUUUACGUGCCCAGAUUGGCGAGAGUGACGAACUCAUUCAAACGAAGAAAAAUGCCGUUGAAAUCUGGGAAAACUUGGGUAAGCUGGUAAAGAAACAGGUUACCAAGAAAAGCAGCUCAUCUGCUGAGCGCCAAUUGAGGGUCAACAAAUGUCUUGUCAUGCUCUUCAGCACAGCAUUACUGGAAUUGUAUGGGGGAGACUCAGAAUCGUUUGGAAUAUUGAGCGAUUUGAUCAACGUUUACGAAGACCUUAACAAUCAGCAGGAGAGUGAGGACAACAACAUCAUAGAUACCUUAGUUGAUUUGAUGUUGAGUUACUUGACACAGCAGUCGGGCUUGAAAAAGAGGGUUGGAACCUACAUCUGGGAAAGCGUCUUGCACGAUGUUGGAGAACAGCAAUUGGAAAGGUUGUUUGACGUGUUGAUGACAAGGGAAAACAAACUUGGCAUGGAGCAGCUUUUCAACCAAGCGGUCGAGGACUUUGAAGAGGAAGGUGAUGACGAUGACGAGGAAGUUGAAGAGGAAGAGGAAGAGGAAGAGGAAGAGGACGAACACGAUGACGAUGACGAUAAUGAUGAUGAGGAAAGUGACGAAAACAGUGAAAUAGAUGAGGACGACAAGAGUAAAAUCGAGGAAGUCGAGAGAUCAACCACAUCUGCUCUUGCCAAGGCUCUUAAUGUCAAGGAGGAUGCUGACUCUGACCAGGCGGGAAGUGGAAAGUCUACGGAGGACGCGGAAGGGAAAGACAAUGAAAACGGCGACGAAGACGACGAUGGCGACGAUAAUGAUGAUGACAGCGAAUCAGAUGAGUCGAUGUCUGACGAACAAAUGAUGGCGAUCGACUCUCAAUUGUCUGCCAUUUUUCAGCAGCGUAAAAGUGUUCUUGAUUCCCUGCGUUCGUCUUCGAAGAACGGAAACGAGCGUAAGCUAGAGGCCCAAGAGGCCAGACAGUUGAUGGCUCUCUGCAAAUUGCGUGUGUUGGACUUGCUUGAGAUAUAUGUUGGUGCCUAUCCGACGAAGAAGGAGGUUGUCUCCAUAGCUACAACUGGGUUGGAUGUCAUGAAGCUGACGGUCGACUUGGCGGUGGGCGAAAAGACACACAAGCUCAUCAAGAAGAUUUGCAAAAAUGUCUUUACGAUCGGAAACUCCAAGGAGAAAGAGGCCGUUCUGGAAACCCUGCGGAAGGUGUUAGAGCGGGCAUCAGAGGCCAAAUUCAAUGCGUUGAGCCAGGGAUGCAGCCAGGUCGCAGUUUAUCUCGUCAGAUCCGUCUGCGCAUCAGACGAGGACAGUUACGAGAGCAACCUAGCCACAAUCACUGGAAUCUACCAGAAACAUAUGGUCAAGUGGGCCGUUGACUCGAGUGACCGCUCGACCGCCAGUAUUUUCACAGACUUGGUGAACUGGUUGAGCUCCAAAAAAUCCGCCAAAAAGCAGUGAUCCGGUAUGUCCGGUUGUACUCUACAGAAUUUAGAUGACAUUAUCAUAAAAGUAUACAUACC